GCGAUUAUUGAUCUCCCAGCAUGCUGUUUGUUUGCGUUUGGCCUGCGCCUGCAUCAAGAUGGCUACCCCCAUGCACCGGCUGAUCGCUCGUAGACAGGCUGAAGCAAAUAAACACAAUGUGCGUUGUCAAAAGUGUCUUGAGCUUGGCCACUGGAGCUACGAAUGUACUGGGAAAAGGAAAUAUCUGUACAGGCCUUCCAGAACAACUGAGCUGAAGAAAACAUUAAAAGAAAAAGAGGCUAGGUUACUGAUGGGACAAAGCAUUGGCAACAAUGUUCAAGAAACAAAGAUUAAGAAGAAAAGGUCUAAAAGUGUUACUAGCUCCAGUAGCAGCAGCAGUGAGAGCAGCAGUAGUGAUAGCUCCGAUAGUGACUCCUCUUCUGACAGCGAAGAAUCCUCAAGCUCUUCUUCCUCUUCCGAGGACAGUGAUAAAAGCUCUUCUAGCUCCUCAUCCUCCACGUCUUCACGGAGCUCGUCUUCCUCUUCUGACUCGGAUUCUGAUACUAGCAGUAGCAGCAGCAGCACCAGUAGUAGUGACAGUAGCGAUGAUGACAGUAGCUCAGAAGAUGAGCCACUGAGAAAAAAGAGAAAGAAAUAGACACUGGGGCAAGAUGAUCUAUUUCACAGCUUUCUUAUGGCAUCUGGUUUAGGAUAUUUAUGGGAGUAUCAGAAAGGAAUCAAUUACCAGAACCCACCUAGCCAAUGUCUGAAGCAAUCUUCAGCUUGGCUGGCAAUGUCUACAUUGUCUUGUACCAGUUUUAUAUUGACAUCAGAAAUGUAGCUAAUCUGAAAAGACUUUCUUACCGAAUGUAAUAUUAUGUUCCGACUGCCAUUUAUAUUUCUUAGGUAUUAUGGGAGCCGCUCCAUCCCAUUGCCACUCAUUGUGGAAGCUGUGUAUAAGGUUGUCUAUACAAACUGAGAUAAAAAGCCCAACCUUUCUCUCUACAAUUUUAACAGGGUGUUUGAAGAUGCAAUCAUUAUUUAUCUCAUAGAAAAGUAAAGGAACACUUCUUUUGGAACCAGUUUGAAGAAUUGACAUUUAAUUCUAAUAUAAAAAUAAGGUAGCUAAAUGCUAUAGUACAGCCAUGCAUGUAUUUUUAUGAUAACAGAAACAACAUGGUUACCUAUUAUAAGGUUGUUUUAAUGUGGGCACAAAUCUCUUAGAUUUUCAGUCCCAAGUCUUUAACUGUGUGGCUGUCAGAGGGCUGAAGCACAGUGCAGGUCUCAUUGGGAUAGACUUAGGUGUACAACCUUAACCAUGUUGCUGAUUUUUUUUUUUUCCAGCACUGUAUAUUUUACCUUAUGCCGUUCUCAUUUUUGAGUUUAAAAGAAAGUGUGUGCCUUUUUUUGUUUUUAUUCCUACAUUAUAUUUUAAUCACUUUUGUAUAUUUGUAACCCUGCUAGGCCUCGUCUUUGUGAGUUCUCAGUUGCAUUAUCGUAUGUAAAAGAAAUUCUAACAGCAGGUCUAGACUUCAUGUAGUAUAGGCCUUAGGCUUACACUACAUUUUUUUUAGUUGACAUUUGACUGGGGAAUAGCUAUGCAGUCUAUCAAGUUUACUUUGGACCUAUCAGCCAAAUACCGUCUCUAAAUCUCUCACUUUUUAACCAAGAUUUGAGGAAGUUAUGUUUUUGUUUUAUUUUUUUUAACAAUAAUAAUACAGUAUUUUUUUAUUAUUUUUUCAAGAGAAUUUAAAUUGUCUUGAAUAUAAAAUGCAAAAAGAAAUCCUGUUGAGAGAGGUAAUUUGAAGCCCUAAUGUACAAAUAGUUUUUGGUGUCAACUUUUAAUGAAAGUAAAUGCAGCAGAGAGAAAUGACCACAUAAAUCUAAUCUUUUUUUUUAAAGGGGCUUAAAGCAUUUCUCAUAUUAUUCUACCGAGAAGCACAAUAUUGGCUCUUAAAAAUUGUCCUGCGGUGUAAGGGUGUUUAUAUUAGUAUAUCUCCCGACUCUUUGCAAAGCAGUCAAAUUUAGCUCUCCGAACCCCUGGGGUUUGUAUAUUUGCAGUGCACACAUGUAUGUAUGUAUGUAUGUAUGUAUGCCUUCAUUUUUAUUGAGGCUUUUUUUUCUUGUUUUGCAUGAGAUGUUUUUCUCCUUUACUGUUUCAAAAGGCAAAAAAUAUUUUUUUAAAUUAAAAAGAAAUAUAACAUGAUUUUUGGUAAAAGUAUUACAGUGAGCAUAAUUACUGUUAAUAUAUUUAUAUAUAUAUAUAUAUUCCCAGAAUGAAUGACCUCCUAAUGAUAGUAUAUAGGAGCAGGCAUGAAUCUGGAUAUGAACAAUUUAUUUGCAGGGACAUUAAAUUCCUGUAUAGAACUUGUCCCAUGAGUUAGUGAUUCUGUUUAGUACAAGAAUUUGUUUUCUUUCUAAUGACACGAUGAGUCCACGGAUCAUCAUUAUUUACUGUUGGGAAUAUCACUCCUGCCCAGCAGGAGGUGGCAAAGAGCACCACAGCAAUGCUGUUAAAUAUUACCUUCCUUCCCUUCCACCCCAGUCAUUCUCUUUGCCUACGUUAGAGCAAGGAAGUGGUAAAGUUAGGUGUUGGUAAAAGAUUCUUCAAUCAAGAGUUUAUUAUUUUUUUAAGUAGUACAAGAUUGUGCUGCUUUGUUCUGGGGUGUAGCUGUAGUCAAUAUCAGUCUCUUCAGUAGUGCAGUGGUGACUUUAGAGCAAUGGGAACUUGUGGGACAUAAUUCUCACUGCAACUCCCAUAUAUUUAUGCUGCCCUAAUCCUGAUAGCCUAAGUAAGAUUACUCAGGCUUUAUCUUUUCUCCACAGGGCUAUGCAAGGGAGAGGACCUCUCAAACCUGAUGAGCUGCCUUGCUGUCUGGCAAAUUUAAAAGUUAAGUACUGACUUUUUAUUCUGGGUCUGGGAAAUAAAAGGAUCUCAGAGGAAGAGGAGCACUUUAUUUACCUGGGACAUAGAGCCUCCUAUAUAUAAAAGGAGGGGAUAUAUACAACAGCACUUUUUAAGCAGGCACUGGGGCUGAGGAGAUAAAUUUAAGAUUAGGUGGUUUUUCACUGCUCCCAGGGGCUUAAAUCACUGGGGCUGAGGAGAUAGGCUCAGUAUGAGGUGGUUUUUCACUAUUCACAUAUAGCACGUUGGCUAAGCAGCUGUCUAGCAAGCUGAAGACCCAGUUUGCCUCCAGGCUUGGCAGUAUGUUAAUUUAACUCCCGGUGGCUUAUUAAAACAAAUAAGAUGAUGAUCGGGAGAUUGCUGUUUAAAACGCCCACGAUGGACGGAGCUAUGUGUGGCGCCAAUUUGAGUUGCACACCACUUUCUCAACACUUACUGUUAUCGGAAGGAAAAUACAGCAUGAAGUUAUAAACAGAGUCCUCAGUGUUUACACAUGCGUUAGGACCGGACAGCGCUACAGCCGAGUUCCGGACCUUUUACUGAGGGGAAUGUAACCGGUGUCAGAAGGGCAGGUAGGCAAAUAAAAAGUUAAGGUUUAAAAUUUAAAGAGACAGUAACAUUUUUUUUCUGUUUUCAUUUUUAUUAAAAAAUUUAAGACUUAUUUGAUUAAUUCAUCCAUUGUGAGUCAGAAUGGACCAAGAGGCCCUGCAGUGUCACUUGUUCUUUAUGUCUUGAGGCCAAUGUGGAACCACCAAUCCCUUUCUGUUCCUCAUGUGUUGAGAGAAUUUUAAAUUAUAGGGAUGGACUUUUUUCUGAGCCAACUUCUUGUAAGGCGGAUGUUGUUCAGGAGUCUAAUUACAAUGUUCAACAUAUGCCGCAACUUUCUCCUCAAGUGUCCAAAAUUUUAUCGCCCACACAUGCAGUGCCCUGCCCUUCCUUUCAAACUCCACCUGGAGUUACCUUGCAAGACAUCGCUUCUCUAAUGUCAUCGGCGGUAUCUGAUGCAUCGUCUGCUUUUCCCAUGCUGAUAUUUCAUCAGUGGCUUACAUUAAUCAGCAUAGCCAAGAUCAUUCAGUGGGCGGAGACCCACUAUUGCUGUCUGUCGGCGAUACACAUUCCAGAAGUGGACAACUGGGAGACGGACUUCCUAAGCAGACAGAUUUUCCACCCGGGGGAGUGGGAACUCCACCCGGAAGUGUUUUUCAGCUUGAUUCUCAGAUGGGGUCAGCCGGAAUUGGACCUCAUGGCAUCUCGGCAGAAUGCCAAGCUUCCGAGGUACAGGUCAAGGGACCCUCAGGCUGUACUGAUAGUCGCUCUGGCGGUACCUUGGAGUUUCAGUGUUGUAUACCUUUUUCCUCCUUUUGCUUUUCUUCCUCGAGUCAUUGCUCGAAUCAAGCAGGAGAGGGCGUCGGUGAUCCUGAAUGCACUGGCGUGGCCCCGCAGGAUUUGGUAUGCAGACCUGGUGGACAUGUCAUCAAGGGUCCUUCCUUCAUCCAAAUCUAGUUACUCUGAAGCUGACUGCUUGGAGAUUGAACGCUUAGUUUUAUCCAAGCGUGGAUUUUCGGAAUCGGUCAUUAAGAUCAUGAUUCAGGCUAGUAAAACUAACUAGAAAUAUUUAUUAUAAGAUAUGGCGUAAAUAUGUAUAUUGGUGUGUAUCCAAAGGCUACUCUUGUAGUAGAGUUAGGAUUCCUAGAAUUCUGUCCUUUCUCCAAGAAGGUUUGAAGAAGGGUUUAUCGUCAAGUUCCCUAAAGGGUCAAAUUUCUUCCUUGUCUAUUUUGUUACAUAAAUGUCUGGCGGAUGUCCUAGUCGUACAUUAGUUUUGUCAGGCCUUGGUCAGGAUCAGGCCUGUAUCCUAACCAGUUACUCCUACCUGUAGUCUUAAUUUAGUUCUUAAGGUUCUUCAAGGGACUCUGAGCCGAUGCAUUCCUUAGAUAUUAAGUUAUCUUGAAAAGUUUUGUUUCUUAUUACUUUUUCCUCUGCUCGUAGAGUGUGAGAUCUCUCGGCAUUACAGUGUGAGUCUCCUUACCUUAUUUUCAUCGGGUAAGGUGGUUUUAUGUACCAUAAUAUAAUUUCUGCCUGGAACAUGAAUCAGGAGUCUGGUGUUCCUUCCUGCACUAUUUGGACAUGGUUUGUGCUCUAAAAUUUUACUUACAGGCGACUAAGGACUUUGUAAGUCUUUUUCCUUAUUUGUGGUUUUCUCCGAAAAACGUAAGGGACAGAAAGCUACGGCUGCUUUUCUUUCUUUAUGGCUGAAAAGUAUCAUACGUUUUGCCUAGGAAAUUGCUGGACAGCAACCUCCAGAGAGAGUUACGGCUCAUUCCACGAGGCCUGUUGAUUUCUCAUGGGCAUUCAGAAGGGAAGCUUCUAUGGAACAGAUUUGCAAGGCUGCAUCUUGGUCCUCUCUUCUCUAUUCUUCGAAAUUCUAUAAAUUUGACAUUUUGGCCUCAGCUGAGGUCGCUUUUGGGAGAAAGGUUCUUCAAGCAGUGGUGCCUUCAGUUUAGGUUUCCUGUCUUGUCCCUCCCUUAUCUGUGUACUCUACCUUGGGUAUUGAUUCCCAACAGUAAUAAAUGAUGAUCCGUGGACUCAUCGUGUCAUUAGAAUGAAAACAAAAUUUAUGUUUACCUGAUAAAUUUUUCUUUCUUGACACGAUGAGUCCACGGCCCUCCCUGUUUUUAAGACAGGUUGUUGAUAUGUUAUAAACUUCAGACACCUCUGCACCUUGUUGCUUCCUUUCUCUCCUUUACUUCGGUUGAAUGACUAGGGUGGAGGGAAGGGAAUUGAUAUUUAACAACUUUGCUGUGGUGCUCUUUGCCGCCUCCUGCUGGGCAGGAGUGAUAUUCCCAACAGUAAUUAAUGAUGAUCCGUGGACUCAUCGUGUCAAGAAAUAAAUACAUUUAUCAGGUAAGCAUAAAUUUUGUUUUUGCAUAACUGUGACUGAUGCUUUGAAGCAGAUAAUUCUUCUUCCUUUACUAUGUGUCUAAUGACAUCAGCCAGCAGAGUUCAUGUUUGCUCUAUAAUGAGUUUUUGUCCCCUUUAAAGUCAAGAUGUUGCAGCAAUACAGAUAUUUAUAACAUUUAAAUCUAUUAAAACACUCCAAUAAAUGUAUUUUUGUAACUUCGUUUAUAAAGAUGCAACCUUUCAUUUUCAUAUGUACGUUAUAAUUGUGCAUUUUAGAAUUGUCUUCCUCAUUCAGAAAUUACAUUUUACAAGCUAAAAAGAAAGCUUUGGACUUGUCUGUUAUAAGGGGCUUAAAGAGACGGUAAACACCUUGAGAUUUUUAUAUAAAUGUUUAGUUAUGCAUAAUAAAACCUGUAUAGUUUCAUUAUUUAGUUUGCCUCCCUUUCAUGUUAUAUUAGCUCAAAUUGUUGUUUCUAAUUCUCAGAGCUGUAAAUGCUCUGACGACUUAUUAAGGCCAAUCCUGCUAUAUAUCUUUCCUUAAUUUGCUUUACCAGAUAAUGCUUCAAAACAAUGCACUUUAUACUAAUUUAACGUGACUAGCCUUGUCAGCAGAUUCAAGCCUGGAUUGGCUCUUGCUAUUUGGUAGAGUGGGUGGCUUCUGAAAAAUAAUUGCAGCAAACAAGAUAUUUGUUCCUAAAUGUUUGAACUUGGCUGAUAUUCUAUUGUCAGACUACAGAAAUUACUUGUUAUUACAAAUUGUUUACUAUACAUUUUAGUUACUAGUGUAUCUUUCCCUAAAUAUUCAUUUUACCUCCCUAUUAAAACAAGUAUUAAAAGCUUAACGUUUUUAUGACAAAAGCAACAAUCUUUCUAAAUGUAUUUGUGUAAUAUGUAACAGACCCCCUUUCCAGCUAAAUUACUUUAUUUUAGGAAAGAUGGAACUAAAGAGACAAGGGUCCAUAAGUCGAAAAAUGUCAUGCUCUAAUUUAUUAAAGCAUGUCAUUUUAAGACUAACGACUCUACACUGCUGUGUGUUUAAAGGACUACAAAAGUCAAAAUUAAACUCUGAUAGAGUACACAAUUUUAAACAUCUUUCCAAUUCAUAUCCAUUAUCUAAAUGUGCACAGUCUUUUUAUAUGCACAGUUUCAGGCACCAGCUCCUAUUGAGCAUGUGCAAGAUUCACAGAAUAUAAGUACAUGCGUUUUGUGAUCGGCGGAUUAGUCACAUGAUGCAGUGGGAUGGAAAAUAAAACAAACUUUGAAAUUUGUCAAAAAAUAUAUUAAUAGAAAAUUAAACUAAGUGCUUUUGCAUUGUCUAUUGUGUGUGUAGUGUUCCUUUAACCCCCUCAGAGGGGUUAAACACAGCAGAAGUAUCGCUGGGGACCCACAGAGCAAUACUGAUUAGUUGCACGAUUCAGAUGUUCAAUCAGCAGUGGCUUUCGCACGAGACAUGCAAUGCUCUAUCGGUGCCAAGCGGUACUUGUACUGUGUGUUUAACCCCUGUGCUGGGAUUAAACACACAGUAGUGUAGGGUUAAUAGUCUUAACAUUGCAUGCUCUAAGAAAUUUUUCUACUAUUGUAGCCUUGAAAAACAAAACAAACAUAGACUGAAAGAUUUACAGAGGUCUUGACGUAGCUCAUUGGGAUAGUUCAGACUACCUGCUAACAGCUCCUAAGCAAUCGGUGUUGACGAGUUUCACUGCCUGCUUGUUUUCUCACUCAAGUCCAUGAACAGUGGGCAUUAAUCAAAUGUUAUGCUUUGAUUUUCUGCUGCUUUAUGUGAGAUUUUAUUGGGCUCAUAGACUGUUUAUGUGGCUGGAACGCACAGGUUUUUUCUUUCACUUUGAGUGCUGUGCAACUUGGCGUACUUUUUCUCAUAGCAGGGGUGGUCCUGCCUUGCGCACCAUGUGACCGGAAGUGGUCUCAUUCAUUUUUUCUUUCCUGACUGAGCUGGCUGUUGGAGAAUACGCUAUUUCUCUGCAUUGUCUAGGUCUAGGAGGUGGUGAGUGCCCCAGCCAUUGGGAGUAAGAAGGUGCCUUUAUUUUUUUUUAGAAAUAAAGUUUUAUUUUCUGUGUCCUGUUGUCAUUAGCCUAAACUAUGGAGGAUUCUGAGAUAUUAGAGGGUACUCCCUCUAUUCCAAAUAGUAAUACCUGUUUAUAUUGUGAGGAGGUUAUGGUCCGCCCUCUCAACUAUGUUCCACAUGCCUUGACAACGUUAUUCGUUCAAAGAAGGUUAACCCUUUUAGUACCACUGAGCCUUCCACCUCUGAGGACUUGCCGUCCUGUGAGGUGCAUACCCAACAUUCGUCUCCUACACACGCAGUUUCCCAUAGCACGCUUAAUCCUCCAUCUGGAGGGGGCCUUUUACCAUCAGAUUUAAAAACUGAGGUGUCUGAGGCCCUCAGUUCUUUACCUCGCCCUGCUAAAUGCAGGUGAAAGGUUAAACACAGCUCUUCUGCCCCGGUGUCAUCAGGUAAUUUAUUAGAUUUCUCUGCUGUCUGUUAUCCGAGGAUGAGUCGCACUCUGAGGCUUCAGAGGGUGAACUUUCUUGGACGAAGUCUGCUGCCUCUAAGCCUUCUGCUGCAGAGGAACCAGCCUUUAGGUUUAAGAUUGAACACUUAUGUUUUCUUCUAAAGGAAGUCCUGUCUACAUUAGAGGUUCCAGAGGCCAAGCUGCCUGAUGAACCUUUGAUUCCUAAAUUAGAGUUUACGAGGACAGGGUAGUGCCUUUAACGUUUCAUGUGCCUGUAAAAAUGGCGAACAUUAUUAAGAAUGAAUGGGACAGAAUUGGAUCUUUCUUUUCCCCUUAGUCUUCCUUUAAAAAAGAAAAAAUUCCCGGUCCCGGAAUCUCAAUUGGAGUUGUGGGGUUCUCUCCCUAUGGUGGAUGGUGCUAUCUCCACGCUUGCCAAACGUACUAAUAGCCCGCUUGAGGAUAGCUCAUCGUUCAGAGAACCAAUGUAUAAGAAGAUGGAAACUCUUCUAAGAAAGAUGUUUUAACAUACAGGAUAUUUAAUUCAACCGGCAGCUGCCAUGGCCGCGGUUGCUGGAGCAGCUAGCUACUGGUGCGACUCCUUAUCGGAAUUGAUCGAGGUGGAGGGUUCCCUCGACGUUAUCCAGGAAAUAAUUAAAGCCUUGAUAAUUGCUAAUUCUUUUAUCUGCGAUGCAAACAUGCAGAUUAUUUGCCUAAAUGCUAAGGCUUCUGGUUUUUCGGUUCAGGCACAUUAGGCGUUCUGGCUGAAGUUCUGGUCUGCGGAUAUGACUUCGAAGUCCAGACUUCUUUCCCUCCCCUUUAAGGGAAAGAUUUUAUUUGGUCCAGGCCUGGACUCCAUUAUCUCUACGGUUACAGGGGGCAAGAGUGCCUUCCUGCCGCAAGAUAAAAAGAACAAGUUGAAGGGACAAGUAUCUAAUUUUCGUUCCUUUUGUUCUGAUAAAUCCCAACGACAGCAACCCUCCACUAAGCCCGAUCAAACCAAGAGUAUUUGGACGCCGGCUUAGUCCUGGAAUAAAUCCAAGCAGAGCAAGAAGCCCCUCAAGACUAAAUUGGCAUAAAGGGGCGGCCACUGAUCCAGCGCUGGAUUGUGUAGGGGGUAGACUGUCUCUCUUUUCAGACGCUUGGUUUAGGGACGUGUAGGAUCCAGGGGUCCUGGAUGUCAUAGCUCAGGGAUACAAGAUAGGUUUCAAGUCUCAUCCACCCAAGGGCAGAUUUCUCCUCUCAAGCCUGUCUUCCAGACCAGAAAAGAGGGAAGCCUUUCUGGGGUGCGUGCGGGAUCUGUCCUCCUUGGGGGUCAUUGUCCUGGUACCUAUCGCAGAAAGAGGUUUGGGAUACAAUUCAAACCUUCUGUGGUCCCAAAGAAGGAGGGAACUUUCCGCCUGAUUCUGGACCUAAAGUGCAACAACUUUCUAAAUGUUCCCUAGUUCAGGAAGGACAGUUCAUGACCACUAUAGAUCUGAAGGAUGCUUAUCUUCACGUUCCAAUCCCACAACGAUUACUUCCAGUUCCUAAGGUUUGCGUUCCUGGACAUUGCACUUCUGUUUGGUCUAGCUACUGCUCCUUGGAUUUUUACGAAGGUUCCAGGGGCUCUUCUAGCCAUUGCCAGAACCCAGGGUAUAGCAGUAGCUCCCUACUUGGACGACAUUCUGGUACAAGCGCCAUCUUUUUGUCUGGCGGAGGGCCAUUCGGAAUCUCCUCUCUCCUCUUCGAUCUCAUGGAUGGAAGAUAAAUCUAGAAAAGCAUUCUCUUAUUCCAAACCCUGGGAUGGAAUUCCUGGGUACUAUAAUAGACUCCAUAUCCAUGAGGAUAUUUCUAACAGACCAGAGACGUUGCAAGCUAGCUUCGGCAUGUCUUGACCUCCGGACCUCCUUAAGGCCCUCUGUGGCUCAGUGUAUGGAGGUGAUUGGUCUCAUGGUGUCAAGCAUGGACAAUAAAUCCCCCUUUGCCAGGUUCCGUCUCAGACCGUUGCAACUGUGCAUGCUGAGGCAGGGGAACGGCGAUCAUUCGGAUUUGUCUCAACAUAUUUCUCUGGACAACAGGUCGAGAGAAUCGCUUUCUUGGUGGCUCUGUCCAGAUCAUCCGUCCCGAGGGACAUCCUCCUUAAGACCAUCCUGAGAGAUUGUGACUAUGGACGCAAGUCUAUCGGAAUGUGGAGCUGUUUGGGGUGCCAAGAAGGCACAGGGCCUGUAGACUCAGGAAUGCUCCCUCCCGAUCAACAUUCUGGAACUUCGGGCAAUCUUCAGUGCUCUGAAGGCUUGACCCCUUCUGGGUUUGUCCCAGUCUAUCAGAUUCCAAUCAGACAAUAUAACCUUGGUGGCUUACAUAAACCAUCAGGGUGGAACGAGAAGCUCUCUAGCGAUGAGGGAAUUAUCUUGGAUGCUGGAGUUGGUGGAGGCCAACAGCUGUUCGCUGUCAGCGAUCCACAUUCCGGUUGUGGACAACUGGGAAGCGAAUUUUCUCAACAGACAAACCUUUUCAUCCGGGAGAAUGGUCUCUCCAUCCCGAAGUGUUUGCGGAGGUAUGCAACAGCUGGGGGAUGCCGGAGAUAGAUCUCAUAGUGUCCCAUCUCAAUACCAAGCUACCCAGAUAUAGGUUGAGGUCCAGGGAUCCUCAGACGGAGCUUAUAGAUGCAUUAGCAGUGCCUUGGAGGUUCAGUCUAAUUUACCUUUUCCCGCCAUUACCACUCCUUCCUCGUGUAGUGGCUCGCAUCAAGCAGGAGCAGGCAUCUCAUUGCUCCAUCGUGGCCGCGAAAGAUGUGGUUCGCGGGCCUGGUGGGGAUGUCAUCCUCUCCUCCGUGGAAGUUACCUUGUCGCAAAGAUCUGCUGGAACAAGGUCCUUUUUUGUUCAUCGAAAUUUAGAUUCUCUGAGUCUUACUGUGUGGAGAUUGAACUCUUAGUUCUAGCCAAGAGAAGUUUUUCUUAGAGAGUUAUUGAUACUCUAAUUCAAGCUCGUAAGCCGGUUAUUUGUCGCAUCUAUCAUAAGGUGUGGAGAACCUACUUAUUAUCUGGUGUGAAGAGCGUGGAUUUUCCUGGCAUAAAGUUAAUGUUGCCAGGAUCCUGUCGUUUCUCCAGGAUGGACUGGAGAAGGGCAUUUCUGCCAGUUCCCUGAGGGGAUAGAUUUCGGUCCUGUCUAUUUUAAUGUACAAGAGGCUCUCGGAGCUUCCAGGUGUACAGUCCUUUGUUAAGGCUCUGAUUAGGAUCAGACCUGAGAUCUAAGGCUCCUCCUUGGAGUCUAAAUCUUGUUCUUAAGGUUUUGCAACGGACUCUGUUUGAGCCUAUGCAUGAAUAUGACAUUAAAUUGUUGUCCUGGAAGGUUCUUUUUCUACUGGCUAUUGCUUCUGCGCACAAAGUAUAUGAGAUUGCUGCCUUGCAAUGUGAGCCUCCUUAUCUGGUGUUCCAUUCUGAUAAGGCUGUCCUACGUACUAAGUUAGGUUUUCUUCCUAUGGUCGUGGCAGAUCGCAACAUCAAUCAAGAGAUUGUGGUUCCUUCCUUGUGUCCCAAUCCUUCUUCGAAGGAUGUUUGCUUUGUAAUUUGGAUAUGGUUCUAUCUUUAGGCUACUAAGGAUUUUAGACAAACUUCUUCCUUGUUUGUCUAUUCUGGGAAGCGUAAGGGUCAGAAGGUCUCUUCGACUUUAUUUUUUUGGUUGAGUGUUAUCCGCUUUGCUUAUGAGACAGCGGGACAUAAACCUCCUCAGAGGAUUACGGCUCAUUCUCCUAGAGCAGGGGCUUCCUCUUGGGCCUUUAAGAACGAGGCCUCUAUGGAUCAGAUUUGUAAGGCGGCUACCUGGUCCUCCUUACAUACUUUUUUUUCUAAAUUUUGCUUCGGCUGAAGCAGCUUUCGGGAGAAAAGUUUUGCAGGCUGUGGUGCCCUCAGAUUAGAGUCCGCCUCUCUUUUUGUCCCUCCCGUUAUUAUUCAGUGUCCUCUAGAGCUUAGGUAUAGUUUUCCCGAAAGUAAGGAAUGAUGCAGAGGACUCUCCUUAUAUUAAGACGGAAAACAUAAAUUAUGCUUACCAGACAAUUUCCGCACGUGUUCUCUGAUGGUCGAUCCUCUAAAUUAUGUUUUUCUUCUGGCACCAUUUAUACCCUGAUAUUUCUCCUACUGUUCCUUGUUGCCUCGGCAGAAUGACUGGGGGAAGUGGGAGAGGUAUUUAAGCCUUUGGCUGGGGUGUCUUUGCCUCCUCCUGGUGGCCAAGUUUAGUAUUUCCCAAAAGUAAGGAAUGACGCUGUGGACUCUCCUUAUACAGAAGGAAAUUAAAUUAUCUGGUAAGAAUAAUUUGUUUUUUAUGCUGGUUUAUCAAUCGUAUAAAGUAGGAAACACACCAUAUUAAAUGAAAACCUGCUGUGCUUGUAAUUUUAUUGCACAGCCAUACUGUUAAAAGAACCAGAAAACAUUUUUCUACUCUAAAUAGGAAGUAUGUUUAAUUAGAUGUACUUUCAAGUUAACUUUGGUGCUGUUUUGUAUCUAGUAUUUAUUAUUUACCCUUGAGUAUAAUAGAUCUGGGACCUAAUUUUCAACCUCUGCUAAUUAAAUUUUCAACCUCUGCUGACUGUACCUGGUGUGUGUUUUUUUUUCAACCUCCUGAUAUAAUGAAAGGUGUGGUCAUGUAAAAUGUACUUUUAUGAUUCUGUGCUGUUUUCUGUUCUGUAGGAAAAUGUAAUAGACAGCAGAAAGUAUAUUAUCUUAAUGGUAGAGCUAUUUGUUGGGAUACAAUUAUUAAACACUUAUUUUUGCUAAAGUGUAUUGUUCUCUAUAUAACACUUGGAUAAAUAUGUAAAAAUAAAUAUUUUCAAUUGAAGUUAUAAACAGUAGCACAA